UAUAGUUAUGUGACAGCUUAGAUAUUUUAUUAUCUAUGCCCAUUCAUACUCUCCGAUAUUUCUCAAAAACAAUAAUAUGCUACAUCAUAAUUGUUUGCAGAAAUUUAUAUACUCAUCAUCCUAGGCAAUAUCAUAAUUUAUAUCAUGGCUUUCGAACAGCAAACUUUAGUGACAUUACAUAGCAAAAUUUUUCACCCUGUUCUAAGAGAAUUACAGGAAGAUAAUGUAUCUAUUAAUCCACGUAAUUUUAUGUACCCAAUAUUUCUUGUUGAAGAUGAUCAUGCCAUUCAGAAGAUUUCUAGUAUGCCAGGUGUAUGCCGAUUUGGUAUAUAUGAAUUGAGAAAACAUUUAGAGCCUCUGGUGGCGAAAGGGUUAUCAUCUAUUUUAUUAUUUGGUGUGCCUGAAUCUGCAUCUAAAGAUAGCAAAGCUUCAGCUGCUAAUAAUGAAAGUAAUCCAGUAAUUCGUGCAAUACCUUUACUUAAAGACUGGUUUCCCAAGCUAUUAAUUGCUUGUGAUGUAUGUAUGUGCCCCUAUACAGAUCAUGGUCAUUGUGGCAUUAUAAAUGAAAAAUUAGGAGGAAUAGACAAUGAUCUUAGCAGUGCAAGAAUUGCUGAAAUUGCUUUAUCAUAUGCUAAAGCAGGUGCACAUAUUGUAGCUCCAUCGGAUAUGAUGGAUAAUCGUAUUCAUAUGAUAAAGAAGAAACUUAAAGAAAAUAAUCUAUCAGGUUCUGUAAAUAUACUGUCUUAUUCAGCUAAGUUUGCUUCCUCUUUUUAUGGACCUUUUAGAGAUGCUGCACAAUCAAAACCAGCUUUUGGUGAUCGAAAAUGUUAUCAGUUACCCCCUGGAUCAAGAGGCUUGGCAGUGCAAGCAAUUCAAAGGGACGUGAAUGAAGGAGCCGAUAUGCUGAUGGUUAAACCAGGGUUGCCAUACUUAGAUGUCCUGCGAGAUGUUAAAAAUAACUUUCCAAAUCAUAUGCUCUUUGUUUAUCAGGUGUCAGGAGAAUAUUCAAUGUUAUUAAGUUCAGUGAAUGGGGAUACCAGCAAAUUGAAACCCAUAUUAAUGGAAGUUUUGAUAUCUAUGAGAAGAGCAGGUGCGGAUUGUAUUAUUACAUACUUUACCCCGCUGUUAUUAGAUUGGCUAUUACACAAAUCCAAACUGUGAUAAGAAUCUGAGAAAUUAUAGUUAUUAGUUGGUUUAAUAGCAAUUGUUUUAUUGGAGAAUUUUUAUUAAAUAAAAA